AGAAUCCAGCCCUAAUCAAAACAUUUGUAAAUAUAUUGUCUAUGAGACCUGCAUCAUGGAACUGUUUGAUGUGUGCCCGGUAUGUCAUAGAAUCUGUCAUAUAAGAUCACAAAGGAUUGGAACAUUUCUACGUGUUGAACAACUCUGCCACCAUUGUCAGUUCUCACGGAAAUGGAACAGUCAGCCGAUUUUGGGCAGUACUCCAGCUGGAAACCUUCACCUUUCUGCUGCUGUGUAUCUCAGUGGUGCUUCAUUUUUCACAAUUGAAAAGAUAUUUGCAGCUAUGAAGUUACAUCUUUUCAAGUACGACACCUUUCGUCGUCAUGCACGAAUGUGCAUUGAGCCUGCUAUUGUUUACAAAUGGAGAAACUGGCAGGAUGAGAUGCUACAGCUGUUGGCUCAAAGGGAAAAGGUCAUUGUUGGAGGAGAUAUGAGGGCUGACUCACCAGGGCACUCUGCCAAAUAUGGCAGUUACACAAUGAUGGACCUGGAGACAAACACCGUUGUUGAUGUACAACUCGUCCAGAGUAAUGAAGUGGGAGGAAGUUACCACAUGGAAAAGGAAGGUUUGAAGAGAGGUCUUGACUUUUUGGAUGCUCAUGGAGUGACUCUGGACUGCAUUGUGACUGACCGACAUCCGCAAAUACAAAAAUUCCUCAGGGAACGCAAUGUCAACCAAUUCUAUGAUGUCUGGCACAUAGAGAAAGGAAUUUCAAAGCAGCUGGAAAAAGUGUGCAAGCUAAAGGGUUGUGAGAAAAUACGUAAAUGGUUGCAUAGUAUAAAAAACCACAUCUAUUGGACUGCUGCAUCAUCAAGCAGUGGACCUGAAAGAGUGGCUAAAUGGAUGUCUAUGCUAAACCACAUGCAAAAUAAGCACACACAUGAAGACAGCAAUUUUCCAGCAUGUCUACAUGGAACAAGGAGAAGUCGAGACACAAAAAAGUGGCUAGCUGCUGGAACACUGCCAUAUCUCAAGUUGGAGAAAGUUCUCUCCAACAAGAGAAUUGUGAAGGAUGUUGCCAAGCUAAGUCCACACUAUCAGACUUCUUCUAUCGAGGUUUUCCACAGUGUAAUACUACGGUUUACACCAAAAAAUGUGGUUUUUCCAUUUCUGGGAAUGUUGUGCAGACUAUACCUGGCUGCACUACAUUACAAUGAGAAUGCCGGGCGUACUCAAGCUACGACAGCAGCUGGUCGACCGGUGUUCAAAGUGACCUUUCCAAAGGCCAAGAAGGGAGAAUACCGGGUCAGAGAAGUAAAGACACAAGCAACAUUCAGAUAUGUGGAUGACCUGCUGGACCUCAUAUUUGAUAAAGUCUUUGUGGAUCCUGCACCAUAUGUGGAUGAUGUUUUGAGGAUACCAAUACCACCAGCAUUGUGUGCAGAGUAUGACCGGCCAGAGAAGGAGGAGGCCAUCUCUAGUAGGGUAUCUCGGUUUAAUCAAUAGGUGGUCGAAAACCUACAUAACUACCCUGGGUAUCAGGAAACUCUCUUCGAAUCCUCAGGACCACACAGGAUGGAAUCACAACUCGAACUUUUCGUCCAAGGAA